CAACCGUCAAUCCCGAACCGCAAGUCUCAACAUGCAUCUCGCUACAAUGCCUCGUGUAACGUGUUUCUAGCGCCGUCGUUUUCCAUUCGCUGUCUGUUAUUUUUUGGUAAUGCAAUGCAACCCACAUCCGAUACAUACCACGACGAGUCCGACGACACGCCGUCAAGUAAUGCGGAUGUAGAAGCGCAGUCGCUACUACAUGAAGAGUUGGGAUUCGAAGACAAUGUGCCAUUGACACGAGAAACAAGGACUCGAAAGAGAGGUAUCUUUGGAUUUCUGGAAGGACCCUCGCCGCCUCGUGUACAAGUCAUCCGGCCAUUCUUUCCAGGCAUACAGGAAAAACCUGAAAAACUCAUCGCCCGCUGGUGUCCAUCCAAGACGCGCAAAAUUACACUCCUCGCCGCUGUCCUCACUAUCUGGUUCAUAGUCUUCGCCUCCUUCCUCACAUCGGAACUCCCCAUCCCCGACGGCACAGGGGAAUACGUCCAAACCCUCUCCUGCACCGAUACGCUCUGGCGGCGCAAGAACGAAUGCGGCAUCGACGGGAUAGACUGCCGGCCCUUCAGCAACACGACCUACGCUUUCCGCUGUCCUGCCAAAUGCCGAGAUGUCCGCGUCCUGAACCCUCGUGUAAUCGGACCGCUGGAAGUGAAUUACCGGCCGCUGGUGGUAGGCUCGGGUCCGUAUCGGGGAGAUAGUUUCAUCUGCGGGUCUGCGCUGCACGCUGGGGUUGUGAGUGAAUCGCAAGGAGGGUGUGGGCGGCUUAGGACAGUGGGCACGCAUUCCGGGUUCGCGAGUACUGCGCGCCACGGCAUCGAGUCGAUACCGUUUGAUUCCUACUUCCCGGUGUCGUUUACCGUCGAGGCAGACGGGGCGUUUACAUGUCCCUCCGACCCACGAUCGCCGCUGCUUUUCCUCUCGCUACUCGUCACGGCGCUGUUAUCUGUCUUCUCCUCAACCCCCACUAUCUUCUACCCAAUCUUCAUCCUCACCUUCACCCACGUAGCAUUCAUAUCCGACCCCCCCUCCACCCACACGCCAACCCCCACCACCCUCCCCGACCACACGAGCCUCUUCGCGCGCCGUCUCCUCCCCGCGCUCUUCACCGCCGCCAUCCUAUACAAAACCACCAUCCGCAAAACCCUCCUCAAUCUCGCCGCCCCGCUGGAAAAAACCACCCUCUGGCUAGGCGGCCUCUGGAUAGGCGCCCUCUCAAACUACACGUUUGAAUGGAUACCCAUCUCGCGCCUCACCGCGCACGAUCUAGCGCAGCAACCGGGUGCGAAGGUAGCACUCGCGCUCAUCCUGAUAAGCCUUGUUUUUAUUAUAGCAGGACAGGUGUACUUCUUCUGGCUCGCAGGUCGGCUGCCGCGGUAUCUAGCGCUGUACGCGCUGUUCGUCGCGGGGAUACUAAUUGCUGUUGCGCUCCCUGGGGUGGAACUCAGGAUUCAUCAUUAUAUCCUCGCCCUGCUUCUUCUUCCGGGGACGGCGAUGCAGAAUCGCGCGUCGCUGCUGUAUCAAGGCAUUUUACUCGGACUUUUCAUAAACGGCGUCGCAAGAUGGGACUUCGACGCCGUGCUACAAACUUCCGAUGCGCUAAGGGGGGAUGCAAGGCUCGACUCACCCGUUCCGCCGGUUUUCGAACCGCGUGUUGAUGGAGCUACGGCGCUGUUCUCGUGGGAUGGGGCGCGUGGGGAGGGGGUGCAGGGGCUGAGUGUGCUGGUUAAUGAUGUAGAGCGUUUUCGUGGGUUUUAUGAGGAUGGUGCGCUGAGGGAGUGGGCGUGGGUGAGGGGUGGUGGCGGGGAUGAGUAUUUUAGGUUUGCGUAUUUGGGGGAGGGGGGGACGGGGGAUUAUUCUGGGGUGGGGGUUUGGGCGGGGGGUGGGAGCUGGAUGUUCCCGAAAAAUACACCCACGAAAGAAAACAUAGCAUAA